AAGAUAAGCUAGAUGAUGAGGCAAUAGUUGCUUUGGUUCAAGAAAAAGAAGCAAUUGAAGAAGAUGUAGAAACAGUCAUCAAACCUAUAAUAAUAUCAGCUGAAGUUGUGAAACUAAUCAAUAACCUAACAAGCUUUUUGACACAUGAAGAAAGUCAUAUGCAGAUAAGUGAAAAAUAUCUCUGCGAAUUGAAAGUGUUAAAAGAAUGUUGUGUAAAUCGAUUAUUGAUGCCAAAGUCCAAACAAAUAUUACAAGUUAUUUGCAACCAAUUGUCUAAUGCUUAG